UGUGUACAAGAGUCAAAGUGAAUAAUAUAUAAACCGGAAUAUACGGCAUGGGCAAACUGCUGUAACCGUAUCGUCGAUCAUUGGUGACAGUUACAGUCAUUAUUUUAACUCAAUGGCAAAAGAACGAUGGAAUCGAAGAACGAUGGAAUCGAAGAACGACGAUAUCGUGUAUGCGAUGACCCCCUUCAAACUGCUAAUGUGGCCAGUGGGUGGUUGGCCACUCCAAGUUUACAACGUUUAUUCGCUUAUGCGAUGCGUUACAGUUAUUUGCGGCAUAAGCAUUGCAAUGACCCUGCCGUCCAUCGAGAUUUAUUUAGGCUGUACCGACGCGGCGCAAAAUGUUGAAGCUCUCAUGAUAAUGUCUUGUGGAUUACUCUGCAUUAUAAAAAUGAUAUGGUUUCGCAUUUACGCAAACAACUUAAUCAAGAUUUACAAAUGUGCCACGAACGAUUAUUUAACAAUUGAAAAUGCGGAGCAGCGUGCUAUUAUGCUAAGGCACGCUUUUAUAGGAAGGACUCUUAUGUGUACCAUAAUAUCCAUCAUUGUCUUUGAUUGUUUAAUGUAUUCCUUGAUGCCUAUUUUACACCUUCUCAGAAAGAACCAAAUCAACGAAACACAUGAAGAUGUUGAGUUUAAAUAUAUAAUUCCAUCAAGAUGUACUUUUGAAUAUUUGAAUAUAUCAAAGAACAUGUAUAUUUUCAACCACAUAAUGGAAUUAAUUAUAAUGUUUUUCAUGAUUCCUGGCAAUUACGGUAACGACUCUCUGUUUCUACAUAUGGCGUUACACAUUUGCGGCCAGGUAAAAAUUCUAAAGUCCAAGGUUAUCAAUUUGGACCUCGCAGGACCACAAAUCCAAAAUCGUUUCAACGCACUAAUUCACCGACAUUGUCAUUUAAUGGAGAUGACCAAGAUGCUAGCCGAAGCGUCCAGUUUCAUAUUACUGAUACAACUCUUUCUUAGUAGCUUGCUGUUAUGUAUACUAGGUUUUCUAUUUAUUAUAGCGCUAAAAGAUAACGACAGCGAAAUGACGACAAAAAGUUUUGUAGCUAUUAACGGCUUUUUGGUACAAGUGAUGCUAUAUUGUGUUAUCGGAGACUAUUUAAAAUCCCAAAUGGAAGAAGUGGGUGCUUUUAUUUAUCAGAGCGCAUGGUACAAUCUUCCUGCAAAGCUAAUGAAAAACUUGACUCUUCUUAUUAUGCGGUCUCAAUUUCCCGUACAGCUGCAAGCGGGAAAUUUCAUUGUAGUGAACCUUCAAACCUAUAUGAGCAUUCUAAAAACCUCAAUCUCUUAUCUGUCAGUACUUCGAGUAAUGGUAGAAAAAUAA